AACGACUUGGCAUGCCCCUGCACCGCAAGUAUCCCUUCAACGAGCCAAGCUGACUGUGUAUAAGUAAAAAUGAAUGUGUGCAACUAUUAAAGUAAAUCACUUAAGCUGCUUGCAAAAAUAAAAGCAGAACCUCACUGUGGAUUUCUUUCGCACACACACACACACACAUACACACACGCACGCAUAAAAUGUGCCCGUCAUAUACUAAGAGAAAUGACUUGAGUCUAUGCUAGAUGGAGGCACAUACAUACAUACAUACAUAUGUACAUGUCUACAUGUGUACAUGUGUACAUGCUUAAGUGCGGCUGUUAAUAUUUUGCGGCUUUGAGUGCAUUAUUCAGCAUUGGCUCGACCGUAUGUAGCGCAAGGAUUAGACUAUUUAAAGAAAAUUACGUAGUUAUCCUUGGGUCCAAAAUGCAUGUCAAGUGCAGCGCAGCGACACCGUCACCAGAGAGCGAAAGCGAAAACGAGAGAGGGCGACCGUAUAAUUGAACGGUAUUAAAUCUGAGUAAGAGCCAGCUGUCUCGCUCGCACCAAGGCAAUAGGAUCUGCACGGCGCUUAAAUGAGUGAAUGUGCGACCUCAACUAUCUCUAUGUGCUUACUUAUACUAUUUAUAUUCAACUGAAAUAAGGCUACCACUAGAUUCGAAAGGUGUUUAUGAGAUCAAGGGUGCUAAGCCGAAGCUUUCUGAACUAAAUUCUCUCAAGAGACUAAAACACUUAAGAUGUCAGUCAGUUUUGCAGUUUUCUAUUCUGUUCUAACAUAGUAAGCGUUCAUUUUAGCUUAACGCAAUACGUUAGAAAUUCUAUUAUUACUGCAUCACGACUAACUAAAUCUGUCUCGAUUUUUCCUUAAAAAAAAAUAAAUGAAAAAACGAUUUAGAAAAAAUAAAAGUCGUGAAAAUAUAUUACUUACUAAGCCGGAAGAAGCAAACCGAAACAAAUUGAAAUGGAGCCCAUCUCAGUGAAUGUAAGGAGUGUAAUGGAAGUCUUUGCCAGAUUGUGUAUCAUAUGCAACUUUCUGGCCGAUUCGGUGCAUUUGCUGAAGGACUGGACUCUGGAGCGUGUUCUGCUCAAUCUGAACUGGCACUGCGGCGACCUCUUCGCCAACUUCUAUAUAACAACCGUCGUGGCCAUCCAGCUGAUAGCCUGCAGUAUGGUGUUCUUUGCCAGUAAACGCCAACUGGCAGCUGGCAUACUCGGCCUGUUGAUCAACUUGCGCAUUGCCUCGAACCCCAUGCUAUGGAGCCUGGAGAUGUAUACCGAUAUGUGCGCCCUGAUCCUAACCAUCGUGUUGACCACCGUACCGCACCAUCGUUUUCUUCGCUGCGGAUUUCUCAUUGUGGCCUAUAUGACCUACAAGAGCAUUAAUGAUGGCUUGUUCUGGCGAUUUAUCCAUCGCUACGGGGUCAAAAUGAUGAUCGCUGUAGUCCUGAGCGGCUAUCAACUGAAAUGGUCCUCGGCCUUGUUGCUUACACUGCUCGUCGCUCAGAGCUUCAAGGCCUACGCUUGGUGGGUGCUUCCCUAUUCACUCACCAAUAUGCCGAUCAUAUUCUACUUACGUUUUAAGUUCUGGCAACUGAUUUCGAUGCUGGGCGGCCUAAUACUGACCGCCGUCAAUGUCCAGGAGCUUUAAAUGUUAUACUACAAAGCUAUUCUAUUUAUACAUAAAAUGAGUAAUGCAGCUCUACCAAUAAAAUGUACCGCUUCACUACUAGCACUGGAAAACAAA